AUGGUGCUAACGUGCCAAAAGAACAAAGAUAAUGCUGUUCCUCGCAAGCAUGACGAUGAGACCUCCACCAGCGCGUCAGUGUCAAGCAGGACCAGUGACAGUAUCAAAAAACGAACGAGCAAGAACAAGAGCAAGAAACCGAGUAAGGGCUGUGAAGCCAACGGUGCCAACAAGCAGUCCCCCAGUAAUGCGGCUAUUGCUUCGGAAUGGAUGACGGACAUGACAAACUUUGAAGGGUACGACGCCCAGAGUUUUGUCGACAUGUGGGUAUCCUACUAUGAAAGUCCCGAAGACAUUGUCCUGGAAGAUGGGGAGAGUUACAGUCCUAUUGCCUGUGCACAGAUAUUAUACUCUACCUGGCUUAGUUUCCCCGAUCUCCAGUUUCCCUACGCACCCAUCAAAGACGAUCCCAAGGAUCCAAAUCGUGUCUAUAUUGAAGAGAUUUACGUCAGUGGAACCCAUAAAGGGGUGCCCUACACACUCCUGCCCGGGGUGCUACCAGAGAUUCCUCCCUCUGGCAAGUACAUCUCCAAUGACGAGCAGCGCUUCAUCUUGACAAUGAAUAAUGGAAAAAUCCAGAAAUGUGAAGUGGUGGCUCUGGGCUGCUUUACGGGUUUUGCUGGACUCUAUACGCAAGCCGUAUACGCAAGCCGGUGGCAGCCUUGA